UUAUUUUAUUUUUUGAGUGCAAGUAAAAUUCUUCGUUUAUCUGCAUAUUUAUUUAACUUAUCGAUAUAAAAUCAUAUUAGCGAAAGAGAUUUAUUAACAAUUAUUACGGUUCCGUCUGUCUACAUUCCUUGUGUCGAUAAAAAUAAAAUGGAGCACGAAAGUUUUGAUAAAAAUGACUUUUUCCUUAAAGUUUUGCGUUUGGGAUUAAAAAAUAAUAGCAUAACUGAUGUUAAAGUAGUGAAAAAGUUCCACAAUGACAAGAAAGGCCAAAAUUUUUUGAGCAAUUUGUUUACUGUAACUCUAGAAUACACACAUUUACUUUCAAAAAAUGGUUCGUCCAACGCAAUUAAAGAUUCUGCUAAUUUGUUCAUAAAAAAACCACUGCCAGAUAAAACUCACGCGCUGUUGUUCGAGAUGGAUGUUUUCGAUAUAGAGUCACAAAUUUUGAGCGACGUUUUGCCUAAAAUUGAACAGAUAGUUGGGGUUAAAAUUGGCCCUAAAUUUAUCUACCAAUCAAAAGAACCUUCUGCAAUCAUAAUGGAGGAUUUGUGUCAAUUCCAGUUUAAGAUUAAAGACCAAAUGUUAGGCUUGUUUAAAGAUCAUAUAGGCAUGGUCAUUGAAACACUUGCUAAGUAUCAUGCAGGAUCGAUUGCGUUAGAAGAAAAGCAACCAGGAUUUCUUCAACAGUUCCGUCAAAGUUUAUUCAGUACACAAACGCAUCCGAAUUUUUUAGGAAUGUUAGCGACUAGUCUCGAAGACCUUGCAAAAAAUAUGCUUAAUUGGCCAGAUGCAAAGUGCGUUGAAGCUGGUUAUAAGCUUCAAAAUAUCUCUAAGAACAUCGUAGAAUCUUCCAUACAAAGUAUUGAUUAUGACGAAGAUGAAUUUUGUGUUUUGAAUCACGGCGAUUGUUGGAUCAAUAAUAUAAUGUUUCGUGAAAAUGACGCGAAUGAACCACUGGAAGUUCGUUUAAUUGAUUUCCAACUGCCUGUUUGGACGUCUCCAGCGAUCGAUUUACUGUACGUACUUGGCCUUUGUCCCGAAUUCGAUAUCAAGUACAUAUUAGAUGACUUCUUCUUGGAAAAAUAUUUGAAAACUCUAAAAAAUAAUAUGGAAAAACUUGACUGCAAAAGAAAACCGCCGACUUUUGAUGAGCUUAGAUUGUCAAUGUGGAAGCGACGAUCUUUGGGUCUCAUAAGCGGAUUGGUAUUUUAUCCUAAGGUUGCGAUUAAAGCUGAGGAUAUUGGUACUAUAAAAGACGUUCUAGAUAAUCAAAUGAAAGAGAUCAAUAUCUAUUCAUCGCCGGAAGUUGUCGAAAAAUUAACCAAGCUCAUUCCUUUGCUGGAAGAAAAAGGGUAUUUCGAUUGAAUUCUACUAACUUAUACAAUAAAAC